AGGUCAAAUUGGAGCACCGCAAAAACAAAUGAGUUGGCAUCGUUUCACUGGCAAGCCUUCGUAGUUUUGUGAAGCAUCUUAGUAUGUGCUAUUUUUAUUUGCAGAUUAUAGAAUAAUCAACUAAAAUGCGGUAAAAUCACUGGAUGAUCAAUAAUCUUAAGCUUAAUUAAAUUUCAUUCAUAUUUGUGUAGUGAGGACAGCAGGCCUACAGCCUAUGUUAUUGAUUUUCCAGUAUGCUUUUGUGAGUUUAUAGUCUUCUAUUGAAUGGGUUAAUUGAAGGUGCUUACACUACUGCUUCGGGCAACAGGUUCCAAGAAUUAACCACUCGGUGUAAAAACCUGUAUGCCUCAGGUGUUUUGUUCUUUCUUGGCUUUUCUACUCGCCUGCUGUGUCCUCUGAGUUGUCCCGAUCUGGUAGCAAGAAGAGGAAAAAAUAUAUUGGGUGCAAAGUCAUUUCUUAGUAUUCUAUGCAUCGUGAUCACAUCAACUCUUAAUCUGCGGUAGGGUAAAGAGGUCUAGCUUUGCAAGCCGCUCUUUGUAUAGUAAACCCCGGAGUUCUGAAGUUGCAUGGGUAGCUGCCCCAUGUACCUUUUCCAGGAUAUCUGAGCCACCUUUUGAACAGGGGCUUUUUGCCUGAACACUUCCCAUGUUUAGUUCUCACUAAAGUUGCAACCUUAGUUUACACAUGUGUAUACUGUAGUGAACAUAGUAGUAUCUAACUUGGUGAAUAUCCGUCUUAAGGCCUAUAGGGUUCUAAACCACUUAGCUUUAACUUCAUGGUAGUGGGUUAUGGUCCUAAGAUCAUGACUCAAUGUCAUCCCAAGAUCCUUGUGAGACCGGACUACUGGUACAGGCACUCCCCCUACUCUGCACCUAUUUUCCUUUGUGUCCCCAAAGUGCAUGUAGACACACUUAGCCGCGUCGAUAAGCAUCAGCCAAUUUUUAAACCAGUUAAUCGGAAUAUCUAAGUCUGCCUGAAGUGCACAUGCAUCUGCGUUUCCUGUCAUUUUUCACCAGGCUUUCACAUCAUCAGCAUAUAUCAGCAUUGGGUACAGCUACAGUUGAGGGUUCCUUUACAUACAGUAUAAAAAGUGGGGGACCUAGGACAGAGCCUUGAAGUGUCCCACUCAGUACUGGUUUCCAGGAAGAACACUCUGAAUUUUUUCUUACUUUCUGCCUGCGACCUACCAGGAAAUCCUUAAGCCAUUUUAAGAAAGGUCCGGCAAUGCCGGGAUUUUCCAGCUUCAAGGGUAGUUUACUUUUUGGCACCUUAUCAAAUGCUUUGUUGAAAUCUAUGUGGGAAGCACCCACUGAUUUUCCAUUAUCUAGAGUGUAUCCAUUUCUCUUAUGCUAUAAGGUGAUUUGUUGCGCAAGAUAAAUUUUUCCUGAAACAAUGUUGUUCACUGUUUAAUAAGUUGUUGCUUUCCACGAAUGCCAUUAUGGUCUUUUUGGUCAUUCUUCCCAGUAUUUUAACUACUACACUGGUGAGACUGAUAGGUCUGUAGUUUGAUGAAAGUUGGCUUGAUCCUGUUUUAUGUAUUCGGGUGAUAAUUGUAUCCUUCCAGUCUAUAGGCAACUUACCUUGGCCAAGUCACAUUGAAUAUCGUAGUCAAUGGGGCAGCAACAUAAUGUGUAAGUUGCCUCAGUAUUUUCGGAUGAAAUUCAUCUGGUCUUUCUGAAUUUUCUGUGUCUAGGGUGUUAAGGGCCUUAAGAACAUCGUCUCAAUUGAAGUCCACAGUGAGCAGACGAUUUUUUGACUUUGUAUUCGGGUCUAUAUUUUCAUCUAUAAGGUGCUUCUGAGUGAAAACUGUCCCGAAAUAGUUUGCCAUAUCCUCUGCUUUUUCAUGAUCAUCCUCUGUCAUUUGAGAUCCACUUUCUUCCAUAAUUAAGUUAGGAAUUCAAUGUUGCGUCGUUUUUCUGUAAUUUAUGUACGAGGAUAGUCUCACAGAUUGGGCUAACUGCUUUUCAUGCUUUCUCCGAGCUUCUCCAAUCGUAAUCAUACACUUGGCUCUUACUGACCUGUAGCGUCCCAUCGUACUGGCUGUGUCAAGGCUAAUGGCGAUGUUUCAACAUUUCUUUUGCCUUAGUAAACAUCUAAUAUCCCUGUUUAUCCAGGGAUGGCUGUGCCUCUUCUUCUUUGGGACUGUCUAGGGUAUGAAUGGCUGAGUUACUUGGUUGUAUGACUGCCGGAAAUGAGUCCAUGCCCCUAAGUCAAUUAUCCAGUUCUCAACCGAGGCUGCAGAGAUGGUCUCAUUCAUUCCUGCGUUCUAUAUGUUAGAACAGACCGACACAACUGUUUGACAGGCCAUCUCAGUUAUGAAUUUAAAUAAGAUUACAGCGCGAUCACUUCUCCUUAAAGGUGAAGGAAAGUUAUUUGAUCGACAUCGUCCCUGUGUUUGAAGACUAGGCCCAAGAGAGAUGAGUUGUGUAGGUCAUUUCUAGUUGGAUCUCUAAUGUGCUAGAAUAAAGCUGGGGAGAUUGCAGUUUCUAACAAUCCGCAAUCGAAUGAUGUUGAUAUCCCUACUUCUAAGUUUCCCCAAUUUAUGUACGGUGCAUUAAAGUUGCCUAUUAUAAGGGUUUUACCCCUAUUACACCAGCACUUAAUUUUGCUUAGAAGCAAGUCACCCACUACACAUUCUGGACUGUGGUAUACUACAACUGAUUCAAUAUCUUGCCGCUUACAUUUGACCAUGCAGCGCACCAGUUCAUAUGUCUCUGAGUCGUGUACCACUGUCUCGACAGCUCGUAUGGUUAAAGUGCUUUUGGUGUGUAGGAUAACCCCAUCACACCUACGGUUUAGUCUGUCAGUCCUGCUAGGUAAGAAACCAAGCAACUGAAUUUCACUAUCAUACACUUCUGACGUUACCAUGUUUCUGAAAUGUCAAUCACAUCAAAAUCUUCUGUGUCCACCACUGGUUUGAGCUCCGGCAUUGUAUUAGGCAGGCUGAAAGCAUUUGUAUACACAUUUAUUUCUGUAAAUAACUUUCCCGCACCACCCAGAGUGGUUUGAGGAUCGUUUCGCUCCAAACUUACAAGGCGUGGAAACCCUUAAGUAUAAGCUUUUUCACCGUUCCAGCAGCGCUCAUUCAUUUCUACCUCUGCCACCCCCAAAUACUCUGGUACGGGCGAAAGUGGGGAUAAUCCGUUCUCCUAGAAAUGCUAGCAAGUGGUCACGUGUAUACAACCACCGCCACGAAAGUCCUACUCACUGUCUUCUCACGGCAUUACUGUUGUUUACAAAAUUGAGAGGACGAGGAGAGAAUGUCCUGCGCUUUAACCGGGUUGAUGAACACAGGCAGUCCACCUAGAGGAGUUGGGAAACCCUGAUUCCAAACCAAUGGUGCACACGGACUCCAGUGUGCUGAGGGAACAAAUGGCGUAUGAACCAGUUGUUGGUCACCGACUAUCAUGGGACUGCAUCUGCUGACUUUGUUCCACUGCCGUGUUGAUUAGACCUUUAGGUCGAAGGCUCCGGGUUUGACCUCCUAAGAAAACCACGUGAUCCGGUUUGGGCAUCCAGGAAGUUUUUCAGCCCUCACACAAACCAAACGAUUUAUGUGGCGUAUAUUUAUUUGGUGCCUUCUUGUACUAAUAUUUAUGCGUUUAAAUAAUAAGUAAUAAUAAUAACUCUUAAUACGACCAACCAGUCUGAGAUCCUCACGGACAUCUAUUCUGGACCCAGUCAGUUUGCGUGCGUUUUCCAGUAUUAGGUUUUUUUAGCAGGAGCUAAGGUAACUUUUAAGAGGCAGCUUUUCUGCGCGCUCUCGGAGUCCACUUGUUUCUCUAUUGUACAAAGCUUAUAGAUGUUAACUCCUACCGUUUCUGGAAGCAGUUUGCUUAUUAAGGGCUUAAUGUGACUUAAGUCGUGUUCAAAUCCAACCUUUGGUUCUUUUUGGAAGAUUCUCUUAACUUAUGAAAAAUGGCUGACUUGUCACAGAGACCCGUCUUAACAUGCUGCGAGGUUUUGCUUCUCAAAAUAUCUCCAUUCCUACAGUUCAGUUUGGAGUCAGACACGAAUGUCUCACUUUGUUUACUUACUUUUCUUUUCUGGGUGUAAUGGUAAGUAGUUCAUCGGCCUUAUUUUGUCUCUUGGUCACAUCAUCUACACCGCUCAGGCUUUGCUCCUCAAUAGUCUAUUUUGCAUUGGUAUGUGAAUCCGGACCUGAAACCGUCGACUCACAUCUCUUAGAGCUCCCUAUAAUUUGUUUCUUAGCAUACUUUUUACGGUAACCAUGCCUACAUCUGUUUGUUAUCCACUACGCUAUUUGGGUUCAUCUUGAUGGUUUCAUUAAAAUCCAAAGUUGGACUCAUGAUAAUACUCACUGCUUCCUCAAAAACUGAAAACUGUUAAUCUGCUGCUGGCUAUUUAUCUGAGGGCAUCUUUUUAGCUAUGUUCAGCAGUUCAACCACUUCAAAACUCAGCAGAGACUUUGUGGAGCAGCAUACUUUGCACAGACAACGUGAUAAUGGGUUGCAGCACCUUUUAUAUGCAGCCGGUGUGAGUCCGGUACACAUGUUGUGAUAUCACUUGUUGCAGUUGUCACAUUGCACUACGUCCUCGAUCAGGAAAAGACACGCGGGUCUACCACAACGAUGUUUUACUCGCGCAAUAAAAUUGUGUAUUGAUCUCACAAAGAGAACAAAAAUCUGAUCUCUAGAAUAAGUAUUUUUUUAAGACCUUAAAGGUAACAGACGCUGAACACAAAAGGCUGAGGUUUAUGUGUUACUGUAACUGAAAGCAAAAAUCCGACGGAAAUAAGUACAAAAAAGCCUUUACACCUUUGAAUACAAACAACACUGAAAGGUUUACACAAUGAGGAGAUAUAGCAUUACCCUUUUUGUUUCUGUACUCAAAGAGUACAGAUAAUAAAUUACUUUAGAACAAAAAAUGAUGCCCUUGGUUAUUUCUUUAUCUCUUCAUUCCCUAAUACAUUAGUUGUAUUUAUAAAUAACUAAAUCAAAUGCGUCAAAAUAUAUGUACUUAAUCUCUAAGCCUUAACCUUUGUUUUAAAAUUUUUAUAUUAUUACAUGCAUCAAACUAGCUUUCAGUAUGUUUGUCGGAUCACUAUGUAGUUACGAGUUUAAACCGUUGUUGAAUUACUACCUUGCAUUCGUUUCAACUUACUUUUCUACUAAUGUCAAAUACUUCCAAACAGAUUUUACAGAAGGUAAACAAUAUGAGGUUAAAAUAAGACUACAUAACCGAUAUAUUUCAGUUGUUUUCUUUACUUUUUUAUCCCAACAGUAAAUGCAAUAUCAAUAGGUACUAAUUUGUAUAUUCAACUUCAGGCCAAACUUUUAUCCAUGUAAACUGUUUAAACUAAAUUGGAGUUCGUAACUGUACUGAAAUAUUUGAAUGUUGAGUGCUUUAACUAAUUAGUUACCUCUAUAAGUACUUAUCGAAACCUUUGUGUUUGCAUUUAUAAGUUUCCCAUGGUUUUCGGCAAGUGAUCUUAUCAACAUUUCCCUUCUAAACCUAACCACAAUUUGUUUUAUUGUUCACUUUUAAACUUGAAACAAGAUUAUCAUUUAUUUGCUUAAAGUAUUGUGUUAACAUUCCGUUAAUUUCUUUAUUAUUCAAAUGUUCGUUUGUAGACUGAUAAAUUGGCUAAUUUUAAAAUCGUGACUGUAAACAAACAAACAUCGUAAUCAUAAUGUCGACCAAAGGUGAUAAAGCGGUUGAAAGACAAAUGCAAAUGUUUGAAAUCGAAAUGAUGCAACAAGUAUUUACCAGUAUGACAAGUAGCUGUCUAGCUAAAUGUAUUCCAUCUAAUUAUAAUGAUGGUGAUCUAACUAAAGGUGAAGCAGUUUGUUUAGAUAGAUGCGCCUCAAAAUUUAUGCAAGCGUAUAUGCAAACUACUAAGAAGUUGUCUACAAUGGCAUCAUCAGACCCGAAAGUGGUAACUAGUAACUAGACUUUUACAGGAUAUACUCUGGAAAAAAUUUCGCUUUCUAAACUGAAAAUUUAGAUGUAAAGAGACAUAUCCUUGUUUUCUGUUUAUAUCGCAAUUGUAAAUUAGUUGUAUUUUUAAAGUACAACUAUGU